AUGAGCCUGGGCUGGGUAUCUGGAGACCUUGAGCAGCCCAAACAUCAGGAUCCCCCUCUCAGCAUAGCUGGUAGAAUCCAGAGGAAUGAACUGAGUCCAGCUCAUAACGAACGAGUCUGCAGCACAUGGGGCAAUUUCAACUUCAAAACCUAUGAUGGAGACUUUUUCCAGCUCCUGUCUACAUGUAACUACAUCCUGACGUCACAGUGUUCAAACAGCUAUGAGGACUUCAAUAUUCAGCUGAGGCGGCAGGUCGUCAGUGGCGAGCCCCUGAUCAGCAAAAUCACCAUGAAGCUGGAAGGCACAGUGGUGGAACUUUCCAAAAGCUCCAUCAGUGUGGAUGGAAACAACGUCACUCUGCCUUUCAGCCAUUCUGGUGUCCUCAUUGAGAAAAAACCCACUUACAUCAAAGUCGUCGCUAAGCUGGGACUCGUGGCCAUGUGGAAUGGAAAGGAUGCUUUCAUGGUGGAAUUGGACAACAAGUAUAAAAAUCAGACUUGUGGACUGUGUGGUGACUUUAAUGGAGUCCAGCUUUACAAUGAGUUCAUCAAAAAUGGGGCUGAGAUUUCUCCAUCAGACUACAGCCAGUUUGCAAAGAUGGACGAUCCAACUGAGAGCUGCAGUGAAUCACCUCCUCCAACAGAUGACACCUGCAUGAAACUGACGUCAGUGUGUGAGCAAUUGCUCUCAGGUCCAGCUUUCAGUGACUGUAAAAACCUCGUCUCUCUCAACUACUUUGUCAAAGCCUGUGAGUUGGACAUGUGCCAGUGCAACAGCAACUCCACCAACCUCUGCCUGUGUAGCACCAUCUCUGAGUAUUCCCGCCAGUGCGUGCACGCUGGAGGAAAGCCGAGCCAGUGGAGGACAGAGCAGUUUUGCCCCAAAACAUGCCCUUAUCCAAACAUGGUGUAUCAGGAGUGUGGGAACCCGUGCAUUAAUACCUGCUCGAAUCCUGACCGAGAACAAGUGUGUGAGCAACACUGCAUCGAUGGCUGUUUCUGCCCUCCAGGUUUGGUCCUGGAUGAUUUGACAGACCGAGGAUGCAUUGCUCAGGAUCAGUGCUCCUGCGUUUACAACGGCAAAAUCUAUCACGCUGGUCAGAAUUUCACCAGCAACUGUAAACAAUGCACAUGUACCGCUAACCAGUGGAGCUGCAUAGAGAAAGAUUGCCCUGGUACAUGCUCUGUAGAGGGUGGAUCUCACAUCACCACAUUUGAUGGAACAACUUACAACUUCCAUGGUGACUGUACAUACAUUCUGGCUGAGCAAACCAACGGUGCUGAGUUUGUGGUUGUAGGCGAUCUGGUGCUUUGUGGUUUGACGACCACUGAAACAUGUCUGAAGGCCGUGACCCUGGCUCUGUUUGGCGGAAGCACCGUGUUUAACAUCCAGCCUGACGGAAAGGUCUUCCUCAACCGAAUCUAUUCUCAGCUUCCUCUUUCUACAGCUGGUGUGAAUAUUUUUCGUCCCACCACAUUUUACAUCAUUGUCCAGACAUCUUUUGGGCUUCAGAUGGAGAUCCAGCUUGUACCCAUCAUGCAGGUUUAUAUCACCGUGGAUGUGACUCACAAGCAAAAUUUACUUGGUCUGUGUGGAAACUUUAAUGACAUACAAAAAGAUGAUUUCAUGACCAUGAGUGGAGCUUGCGAAGGAACUGGUGUUGGUUUUGCAAACAGCUGGAAGACAAGAGCUAACUGUCCUGAAGUAAAGAACACUUUUGAGAACCCCUGCAGUCUCAGUGUGGAAAAUGAAAAAUAUGCUCAGAAAUGGUGCUCCCUGCUGUCAGACCCUAAUGGCGUCUUUGCUCCAUGUCACUCUGAGAUCAACCCAGAUAUCUACCAAAAGAACUGCAUGUAUGACACCUGCAACUGUGAGAACAGUGAGAACUGCAUGUGUGCGGCUCUGUCAUCGUACGUACACAUGUGUGCUGCAAAAGGAAUCCUUCUCACUGGCUGGAGGAGCGAAGUGUGCAUGAAAUACGCCACCAGCUGCCCCAGAACCAUGGUUUAUACCUAUGGCAUCCGCACAAGCAUGCAGUCAUGCCGCUGUCACAGUGACCCAGAUUUCACCUGUGCUGUGACCUUUGACCCAGUGGAUGGGUGCGUUUGUGCUGAAGGAACGUAUCUCAAUGAUAACGGCGAAUGUGUUCUGCUGGAUAAAUGUUCCUGCUACUACAAAGGGUCUGUGAUUCCUCCUGCAGAAGUCAUCAGCAAGGAUGGUGCCAUGUGCACCUGUAAGAACGGCAAACUCAGCUGCAUUGGCUCUAUCACCAGUAAGCCAUCUUGUUCCUCACCGAUGGUGUUCUUCAAUUGCUCUGAUAAUGCUGCAGGAUCUACAGGCUCAGAGUGUCAAAAAAGCUGUAGCACACUAGACUUGGCCUGUAUCAGCACAGAGUGUGUGUCAGGCUGUGUGUGUCCUGCGGGACUUGUGUCUGAUGGGAAAGGAGGCUGCACUGAAGAGGCUUUUUGUCCUUGCGUUCAUAACAGUAAAACUUACCAACCUGGAGAAUCCAUCAAAGUUGAUUGUAAUACCUGCACAUGCAAGGACAGGAAAUGGCAGUGCAGCACAGAUUUAUGCCAUGGGACCUGUACAGUGUAUGGCGAUGGACAUUAUAACACAUUUGAUGGAAAAAGAUACACUUUUGAUGGAGACUGUGAAUACACUCUUGUCAGAGAUCACUGUGGCCACAGUAAUACCAGUGGCACUUUCAGAGUCAUCACGGAAAACAUUCCCUGUGGAACAACUGGCACCACCUGCUCCAAAGCCAUUAAACUCUUUCUGGGGAGUAAUGAGCUCUUACUAACAGAUGGAAGAUAUGAAGUUAUUCAACAAGGUACAGGAGAUGAAAUUCCCUACCAGUUCAGUAUUAUGGGCAUUUACAUGGUCAUUGAAGCUAAUAAUGGGCUAAUUCUGAUGUGGGACCAGAAGACAAGUAUAUUCAUUAAGCUUAGUCCUAAUUUCAAGGGUGAGGUCUGUGGUCUGUGCGGAAAUUAUGACGGCAACACAAACACUGACUUUACCUUGAGAAAUCAAGGUGUGGUAAACAAUGCACUGGAUUUUGGAAACAGUUGGAAAGAGUCUUCCAGCUGCCCUGAUGCUAGUCAGAUCAAAAAUCCAUGUACCCUUAAUCCCUAUCGGCAAGCCUGGGCUCAGAAACAGUGCAGCAUCAUCAUGAAUGAAGUCUUUGCGGCCUGUCACACUCAUGUUGACCCUACACCAUACUAUUCUGCAUGCGUGAGUGAUGCAUGUGCUUGUGAUACUGGAGGAGAUUGUGAGUGUUUCUGUACAGCUGUAGCUGCUUACGCUGAGGCCUGUAACGAGGAUGGAGUGUGUGUUGCUUGGAGGACACCAAAAAUCUGCCCACUGUUCUGUGAUUACUACAACCCUCCUGAUGAGUGUGAGUGGCACUACAAACCUUGUGGAGCGCCGUGUAUGAAGACUUGCAGGAAUCCUGAUGGAGAGUGUUCCAGUCAGAUCCCACCACUGGAAGGUUGUUACCCAGAAUGUCCUGAUGAUCAGCCAUAUUUUGAUGAGGACACAAUGAAAUGCGUGGAGAAGGAAAGUUGUGGCUGCUAUUACAAAGCAAAACAUUACAGCAAUGGAGAUGAGGUCCCAAGCACAGAAAACUGUCAGAAAUGCUAUUGCAGUUCAUCAGAAAUCAACUGUGAAACAGAUGAUGAUGCUUGUACCUGCCUAUAUGAUGGAAAAAUAUAUCAUUAUGGUGACACAAUCUAUAAUACUACUGAUGGAUAUGGCUACUGCAUCACAGCUAAGUGUGGAAAGGAUGGAAAAAUAGAAAGGACAUCAUAUGGUUGCUCUACAACCCUACCACCAACAAUAAGUGUCUUUGACUUCAGCUCAACAACAGAUAAAGGCAAAAUGUUGCCAGCCAACAGAAUGUACAAUGCCAUCAACAGCUACAACGGCAACCCCCACUGCAACAUCACCAACUACAACACCAACAACAACUACCACACCAACUACAACAACAACAGUUACAAAACCAAGCACAACAACUACGACUACAACUACAACACCCCAAACAACUACCACACCAAUUGGACUACAACAACUACAACACCACCAACAACAACAACAACAACUACAAUAUCACCAGCAACACCAACAACAAUCAAACAUUGCACGUUUGAGUGCUCUUGGUCUGACUGGAUGGACUUUGGCCCUCCUACAACUGGUCCUAAUGGUGGUGAAAUUGUUCCAGUGAAGAGGAUAAGUGAAAAUUAUCCUAAUGUCUGUUCCACCCCAACAAAAGUUGAAUGCAGAGCAAAGCUCUACCCUGGUCUUUCCCUUUCACAGUUGGGUCAGGUAGUGACAUGUAAUGCCCAUGAUGGACUAAUUUGCCUCAACCAAAAUCAGGGUCCUCAACAGCAGUGCUUUGACUAUGAAAUUAGAGUGUAUUGUUGUGGAUUUCCAAAACGGUGUCCAACAUCACCACCACCAACAACCACACCAACUACAACACCAACUACACCAACAACAACGCUGACGACAACAUCAACAACAAUAAUGACUAAAACUACAAUACCAACUACAACACCACCAAUGACAACUACUACAACAACUACAACACCAACAACAACAACAACAACAACUACAAUAUCACCAGCAACACCAACA